AUGCCAGCCAGCCUGGUGAGGGCUGGCUCUGUCUGGGGACAGGCUAAGGCUGGGCCUGCUGGGCUUGCUUCUCAUGAGAUUGGAGUUGGGGGUGGGGUCGCUAUAGUGGCUAGGGCGAGUCUUCCUACACGGCGCCCGGCUCCAGACGAAGCGGCGGCCUCCCCUCGAAGCUCUUCAUAG